AUGACCAAAAGUGGGAGAGAAGAGCAUAAACAAAACAGCAAAAAGAUGCACAAAAAAGGAGUACCUCCUCCUCCACCUCUGCCACCUCUUGGAUUUGGACGACAUCAAAACAGAAACGGCAAAAAUAUGGACAAAGAACAAGUAGCUCCACCUCCUCCACCCCCUCCACCUUUUCCAUCUUUUGGAUAUGAACGUUAUCAUAACCGAAACGGAAAAAAGAUGGACAACGAAGAUGUAUCUCCACCUCGACGAGCUCAUAACCGAAACGGCAAAAAGAUGGACAAAGAAGAAGUAUCUCCACCUCGACGAGCUCAUAACCGAAACGGCAAAAAGAUGAAAAAAGAAAAUAGGAGAAACCGCAAAAAGAUGGACAAAGAAGAAGUACCUACACCUCCUAUCUCCCCUUCAUUACUGAGACAAAUCUCAGAGCCACCCGCUCUUCCUAAAGAAAACCCAAGAUGUCCUGUUUCUCAUUCAACUCACCCUCACACACUCUGUCCUAGACUCGAUGGGAACACCAACUCUGGUUGUUUUUCAUGCGGUGAAUAUGCAUCUCCCUUGAUCGAAGACCAGAACUACCAUUUCUUCUGCCAGACCUGCGAUGUGGAGUUCCACAGAGUUUGUCAUAUGUUCCCAAAGACGUUAUCACAUCCUUAUCACCUCCAACACCCUCUUACUUUCACCUACCGGAACAACGAAACCGGGUGCGUUUCAGACGGUAAUAUAGAUGAGUCUUUCUGCGCUACAGUUCUAUCUGCUGGCUCCAACAUCUCUGAUCCUAAGAUGUUGGGAUCUAUCGAAUCUGAUCAAUGCUCAUGGUGUGGAAAAAAUAUCCAAGGAAACUGGUUCUAUCGUUGCUCUAUGUGCAACUUUUGUUUGGAUCUCCAUUGCUCCCAAAAUGUUCCACUUCUUGUUGUCACAAACCCGAAGAAUCAUCAUCAUCAACUCGUCUUCUACAAGCGACCACUCUUGACUCCAUGUGAUGAUUGUGGGUUGGUCAAUGUGUUGGAUCCAAGCUAUGCUUGUUUUGAAUGUGAUUACAUGGUCCAUCAAAGUUGCAUCAACUUACCACGAGUCAUAAAGAUCACGCGUCACCAGCAUCGCCUUUUUUACACUCCUUUUCUCCAAUCCAAGAUUUCAUCAUGUCUGAUAUGCUACAAGAGAGUUGACACGAAGUAUGGCCAAUAUUUUUGCAACCGCGAGAAUUGCUCUUACGUAGUUCAUUCAAAAUGUGUAACACAUGAGAACGUAUGGGACGGGAAAGAGCUCGAACGGGCACCCGAAGUACCGGACGAGAUUGAAGAUAUCCUCCCAUAUAAGAAGAUUUGUGGUGAUGACUUAAUAAGACACUUCUCUCAUGACCAUCUUCUAAAGCUCAAGAAAUAUGAUGGUGUUAGAGAUGCAGAGAAGCAAUGUCAAGCAUGCAUCCUUCCUAUAGACUGUCGUGAUUUCUACAAUUGCACGCACUGUGAUUUUUAUCUCCACAAGGUAUGUGCUUGCCUUCUUCGGAAACUGAGUCAUGCGUUACACAAACACCCUCUUAUCCUAGACGCCUCUCCUCGAAACCACUAUGAUCUCAUCAAUUGUUCAGCUUGUUCCAGAAAGUUCACUGGUUUCAGGUACAUAUGUACCAAAGCUAAUUGUGUGUCCAAGCAAGUUCAGAUAGAUGUUCGAUGUAUUUCAUCAGUUCCUGAUUAUUUCACUCAUGAAAGUCAUGAACAUCCUCUGUUUAUCUCCACGUCUUCCAAAGGUGAAAACAAGACUGGUUGUGUGGGUUGCAAGAAGACAGGUAUGCGGUCUUACCUACAGUGUACUAAAUGCAAAUUUUCUAUGUGUUAUCAAUGCGCUACAAUUCCAACUCUAGUAAGGUACAAAUACGACAAGCAUCCUCUGUCUCUUUGCUAUGGAGAAGAAGCAGGUGAUAAGUAUUGGUGCGAAGUAUGUGAGAAAGAGGUUAAUCCAAGGGAAAGGUUCUACAAAUGCAACGAAUGUUGUAUCACUGUCCACCUUCAUUGCAUAUUCACAUCUUCUGCUUAUAUGAAGCCUGGUUUCAGAUUCAAGUAUUACUCGUCCAAAGUGGAAGUUCGUCGCAACAGCAACAUCACUAGACCGUAUUGCGUUGAAUGUGGUCAUCGCUGUCCAGGGUACAUCUACUACAAAAACGAUAACUCUGUAACCGUUACUUGUUCCUUGAACUGUUUAGAUAAAAAGCUGACACGACGGCAUGCACUGUGAGCUUUAUUUGUGUGUCUCUUUUGUUUGUUUGUUUUUUCUUGAAGAACUUUGAAAUCUCUAAAGAAUUAAAAUCUCUUUGAAUUUCUUCAUCUCUGUUUUCUUAAUAGACUCAGAAGACAUAGUUUCGCAAAAUAGACUCUGUGAAGGUGCAUGGAAAAAAAAUAAGUAGCUUCAACGUUUUCAUCUACCAACCAAACACCAUGCAAACUAUCCUCAAAACCAGUAAACCAAAGGUUCAUUUCACUGAACAUUGUUUAAUGGCAAUCACAAACAUUAAGAUAGACUUUGAGAUGAUGAUUGAUCUCAAAUGUAUUUCUUUUUGGGAGAUGAACCAAGAUGGCUUCAACAAAACAGUCUGUUCUCUCUCUGUCCCUAAUAUGUAAGGAUCAAACUAGUGUCCUUGAUGGACCUUAGUUUACAAAUUACAACCAAAGCUCCAUUGUUAUGUUCAGGGUUUUCAUUAAAAUAGAUAUAAUCCAGCUCAGGAUGAGUCAAAGAAGCUAUGUAUCAGCUAAUAAUAGAGUAUUCAGAGUACCACUACAAGUCUGAUAGAGAAAUUUUAUAUGAUUAAAGAGAAGAAACCAAAAAAAAAAGAAGAUCACACUUGUGUGUGUGUGUUGUGUUACCUUGGCUUUGGUUCCGGCUACAUGGAUACUGCUCAUCUUUGAAAGGUCAUCUUCCAGGCCAA